CUGUUCUACAACAUAUCCACGAGAAGAAAAGCUUUAAAAAACCCAAGUGAAGAGUAUGGGAAAAUUUUGGAAGUUGUUGGCAGGUAUGCAAUACACAAUUCAGGCAUUAGUUUCUCGGUUAAAAAACAGGGUGAAACGGUAGCUGAUGUUCGAACACUGCCCAGUGCUUCGACUGUUGACAAUAUUCGCUCCAUCUUUGGAAAUGCUGUUAGUCGCGAAUUGAUAGAAGUUGAAUGUGAGGAUAAAACCCUCGGCUUCAAAAUGAAAGGCUACAUUUCCAACGCCAACUACUCGGUGAAGAAGUGUAUCUUCUUACUCUUCAUCAAUCAUCGGCUGGUAGAGUCAACUUCCUUACGAAGAGCCAUAGAAACAGUGUAUGCUGCAUACUUGCCCAAAAACACACACCCGUUCCUGUACCUCAGUUUAGAGAUCAGCCCCCAGAAUGUGGAUGUCAACGUGCACCCCACCAAGCACGAGGUGCACUUCCUGCACGAGGACAGCAUCCUGGAGCGGGUGCAGCAGCACAUCGAGAGCCGCCUCCUGGGCUCCAACUCCUCCCGCAUGUACUACACCCAGACUUUACUACCAGCCCUGGCCGGCCCUUCUGGGGAGGUGAUCAAGUCUGCUGCGGGUGUGGCCCCCUCAGCUGCUUCUGGAAGUGGCGAAAAGGUCUAUGCUCACCAGAUGGUUCGCACAGACUCCCGGGAACAGAAGCUCGAUGCUUUUCUGCAGCCCCUGAGCACGGCCCCAUCUGCUCAGCCCCAGGCCUCGGGCCCAGAAGACCAACCAGAUGCUCCCAGUGGCAGGGUCAGGCACCAAGACCAGGAAAUGCUGGAACUCCCAGCCCCGGCUGAAGGGGCUGCCAAAGAUCAGAGCUUACAGGGGGCUGCCGCAGAGAAGACCUCAGACAAAUCAGAGAAGCGAAGCCCCCCUUCCAGUCCGGACAACCCCAGAAAGAGACACCGGGAAAACUCUGAUGUGGAAAUGGUGGAAGAUGAUUCCAGAAAGGAAAUGACCGCAGCGUGUACCCCCCGGAGAAGGAUCAUUAACCUCACCAGUGUCCUGAGCCUCCAGGAAGAAAUAAAUCAGCGGGGACAUGAGACACUCCGGGAGAUGCUGAAUAACCACUCAUUUGUGGGUUGUGUGAAUCCUCAGUGGGCCUUGGCACAGCAUCAGACCAAGUUAUAUCUUCUCAAUACCAGCAAACUGAGUGAAGAGCUGUUCUACCAGAUACUCAUUUAUGAUUUUGCCAAUUUUGGGGUUCUACGGUUAUCGGAGCCCGCGCCCCUCUUCGACCUUGCCAUGCUCGCCUUAGACAGUCCCGAGAGUGGCUGGACGGAGGAAGAUGGCCCCAAAGAAGGUCUUGCCGAGUACUCCUACUUACAUAAGGAACAAAAAUAUUAA